AAUCAACUGCUGAAAAACUCGGAGUCGAGCUCUGACAAUGGCGGAUUCAGUUGCUCCUCAGGAACCCACAGAUUCGAAUCCCCAACCAGAAAGCAAAUCAAUUGACCCGCCCGUCCCCUCUUCCGGACCUACGCCUGUCCCGCAGCCGUUCACAUCUGCGCCGUCCAUUCAGCCGCCAAGCGCUAACCCUAGCACUCCCCCGCCGCCAUCUCUGAUCCCUCCGCCAUCGAUUCAGCCUUUCCCCGCCCCGUCUUUCAGACCUGCGACGCAGCCCGCUCCCGUACCUGGGACCACUCCUCAAUUCUCCCCCAUCCCUAACCCUGGCUUGCAGCAAGCUCAGACCUUUCAGGCGCCUGGGGUUCCACCCCCCGGAGUCAGCUCUGUGUCACCGGUGAUGAUGGCACCUCCUUCAGUUGCUCCGGCUUCCGGCGCCGGAGUAGUUCCGAUGGGAUAUGUUCAGUCUCCUUAUGGUCUUCCAGGGCAACCGGUGAGACCAUAUGCUCCAUUGCCGAAUGGUUAUCUAGCCGUGCCACAACCUGGCACGACUCCUCCAGGUGGGUUUCAAUCUUCUUACUGAUGCGUUCUGCUUUAGAUUCAUCUUUCAUUUGUUGGGUGAUUUAAAGGUAUGUGCAUGUGAUACUUAUUAAUGGGAAGAAAAAAAUAUGAUUCUUUUAUCAACAUGGGUCAAAGAUCACAAUCUUCUUACUUCAGACUACUAGAACACAAUCUUUGCCUUAUAAUGACCUUGUGUGCUUCAAGAGAAUAUGUGUUAUGGCGUGUACAAACAAAAUAGUAUGGUUGAUGAGGAAUCACGCGUAAGACAUGUGUUGGUUGGGUACUUUGAUUGGGGGCCUCAAUGACAGGAUGUUUUCUCCUACAGUGUUUGUGGAUUGGUUGGGUGAUAGGAGUCAGGUGGCUUCUUCAUAUUGCAGUUCUUUAGAGACUACCCAACUUCUAAAUUUUUGGUAUGCAAACAACUGCUUAGCUUCCUUUUAAGUUGCAUGAAGCUUCAUAGGAACUAAAGAAUAACAACUCACUACCCACUUUUUACAAAUAUAAUUUCCCACUAUUUGUAACGUUAUUGUGCAUUGUUAAUUAGUAGGCUUAAUUUUAGUUGUAACGUUUCUUCCCCUUUGGUGGGAUAUUGAUUCUUGAUAUGCCGACAGAGGACCUUGUUAACAACUGACUGCUCAUUGCCUUUUUAUUCAUACCCCCAAGGUAUCACAAUUCUUUCAAUUUUUUGCAUACAUAAAAGUAUUUCUUCCGUUACACUGUACACAAAGUUGAUAAUCCCUGUGAUAUAUUCCAUAUCAAAAUAAAUAUUCACUGCAUCAGUGGAAGUGAGAGUGAGACACUGGAAGUCAGCGUCUCAUCUUACUAUUAUCGAACACUCACUGUGCAUGCAUGGGAUUUUGGAUAGUUUUGAAACACUACUAUCAAGUAUAAGCAUCAGGUAAGUCCAGCUAACACAUUCAUGUUUUAUAAGUUCGACAUUAUUGUCUUGAUGUUUGUUCAGGUUAUUUGUUGUUCAGCUGAUGAGUGUUGUCAUGCCUAUGGGUGCCAUCUCUUAUUGCUUGUAAUGUUUGGUAAAAUUAUUUGUUUAUUUGUGAAAAAUUAUAAUGCCCAUUAAUUAGCUUGCCCAAACUAUGAUAAAUACGAGCAUGCACUGAUAAAUUUGCAUAGAAUUGUUUGUUGGUUUUUGCAGGAAUGCUUCGGUAUCCCUCUCUCUAUAGGCCAGUAUAUCCUCCUCGGCCACCAGUUGGUGUAGGUGUUAUUCCUCCCUUGAUGCGCCCUCCGGUUCCUGUUGUCCGGGGCCCUGUUGUACCUCCUGCCAUUAGGCCAGUCCCCUCGCCAAUAAUUGCCCAAACAGAUAAACCUCAAACAACAGUCUAUGUUGGAAAGAUUUCUUCAGCUGUAGAAAAUGAUUUCAUGCUUUCUCUAUUGCAGCUCUGUGGGCCUGUGAAGAGUUGGAAACGUGCUCAAGACCCAACAAAUGGAUUGUUAAAAGGUUUUGGUUUUUGCGAAUUUGAGUCAGCAGAAGGAGUUCUUCGUGCAUUGCGGCUGCUUAGCAAAUUAAAACUUGAUGGGCAAGAGUUGAUGCUAAAUGUCAAUCAAGCAACUAGAGGAUAUCUUGAACAUUAUGUUCAAAAGAAAAUGGAAAGCUCAACUAAACCCAAAGCUGAUGAUGCUGGAGGGGCUGACAACAUGGAAGAAAAUGCAUCAGAUGCUAAAACGAAUGAAGCUGCAAAGAGUGGCUCUGAAGACGUUGAACCUGCUUCACAAGAUCCUAAGCAGGAUAAAGAGAGGGAAAAUAAAGAAAACCCUGAUACAAACAGCUUUGGGCUCGUCACUGAUGAAGAUAGGCAAGCUGACCAGGAGGCCUUGGAAAAGCUCACAGAUAUGAUAAGUGAAAGGAUUAAGAAUAAACCAUUGCCACCACCACCUCCACCGCCUCAGGUAUUAUCCACAGAUGCUAGUGGUAACUCUAAUGUGGAAAACCACUCUAAAUCAAGAGAUGCGGAAUCAGAUGCAGGUGGUGUAAAAAGUGAAGGGAAAAAUGAAGAUGAUCUAACAAGUGAGAGUAAGCCCUCAAGUGAGCAUGAUAAAGAUGAAACAAACUCCCCUGAUCGCAGAAGACAUGAUAGGGAUAGAGACCGGGACCAGGAUACUACGAAGAGGGAAAAGGAAAGAGAACUUGAAAGGUAUGAGAGAAUGCGUGAGCAGGAGCGGGCUAAGAGAGAAAAAGAAAGAGAGUACAAAAUUUGGGAUGAUGAGCGUAAGUUCAAGACACGGGAAAAGCAAUGGGAGUCUAGAGAAAGGGAGAAAGAGCAUUGGAGAAAAAGAGAGCGGGAAAGGGAGCAGGAUAGGGCAUAUGAACGCAAGUUGGAAGUAAUGGAACAAGAGCAUGAUGGUGAGGAUGGUUACAAAAGGAGGAGACACAGAAGUAGUGAUGAGGAUAGAGAAAGGAGACAGAGAGAAAAAGAAGAUGACUUGGCAGACAGGCUUAGAGAAGAAGAAGAGAUUGCUGAGGCUAAACGUAGGGAUGAAGAACAACAGCUAAAGAAAGAGCAAGAGGAGGCUUCAAGAAUUCUAACUGGUCAUGUAGUUAAUGGACAUGAAACGGCCGUUUCACCUGUGAAAAGCAAUCAUGAGGAUAUGAGUGAUGUGGUCUCUUCGGAUCCAAAUGUGACUAAUGGCGAUGCAUUUGCACACAAUGUCACUGGUGAUGAAUCAGGUGCUCCCGCAUCAGAUAUGGUGCAGCAAAGUGGCACUGCACCUGCUAAAAAGUUGGGAUUCGGCCUACAAGGAUCGGGAAAAAGAGCUGCUGUUCCUUCAGUAUUUAAUGAGGAUGAGGAUGAAGAUGCACGAAAAGACAAGAAAAUGAGGCCACUUGUGCCAAUUGAUUACUCAACUGAAGAACAAGCGCAGCAUCCUUCCCUUUCUGACGCACCUUUGAACUCAGCAGCAGAAGUAGCAAAGCGUAUUUCUAAUGUUAAAGAGGGGAGGCCGGAUGCAGAAAAGGAUAGAAGCAGAAGGUCACAUGAAAAACAUAGCCAUCGGGGGGAACAUGAAAGGCAUGAUGAAGAAAGCCGACGAGAAAAUGCUGAUCAUAGAUCUGAUAAAGUGCGGAAUCCAGAUAAUCAGAAGCUUUUAGAUGCCAAGGAAUUGAUUGACAUGAUCCCGAAGACUAAAAAUGAGUUGUUUUCAUAUGAGAUAAAUUGGGCAAUCUAUGACAAGAAUGCACUCCAUAUAAAGAUGAGACCAUGGAUCAACAGGAAGAUUACCGAAUUCCUGGCGGAGGAGGAACCCGAACUGGUAGACUACAUCGUCUCCAGCCUUCAAGAGCACGUGAAGGCAACUGAGAUGCUGGAGAGACUGCAAAUAUUGGAUGAAGAAGCUGAAAUGUUUGUUUUGAAGAUGUGGAGGAUGCUCAUCUACGAAAUCAAGAGAGUUGAAACUGGUUUGGCUUCGAGGUCUAAGUCCUAAUUUUAAUUUCCUUUCUUUCUUUUAUAUAUGUCAUGGAGGCAUGCAAUUGCACUGCUAUUAUUCUUUUUCCAUCCAUCUACCUCCCAUUAUGCCUGUUCUUCAAAAUUAUCAAUCAUUAGAGACCUGAAUUUUGAAAGAAAAAAACGCACACAAACGCUAAUACUUGUUCAUUUUUAAAUGCAUGCUCUAUUUUUUCUAACAGUUCAAUAUACCCGUUUCCUUUGUCAUCAAGUUAACCCAAAAAGCGUAUGUGGGAUGGUCUGUG